CAAUGAGUCUCUCCGAGUAUUACUAUAUAAGCCGUGUUCCCUGGGUGAUUUUUCUUCAUCACAACCAAGCAUUGUUUUACAUCUACAUCCUCUUCAACCAUGUCGCUUCCCACUCGAUCCCUUGGCCGCAACGGCCCUCAAGUCCCUGCCGUUGGCUUGGGACUCAUGAGCCUCGGCAGUGUCUACGGAUCUGCCGGUACACUCGAAGACAAGGUCGCGUUCCUUGAACAUGCCCAUGCCAUUGGUGCAAGAUUCUGGGACACUGCCGAUGUAUACUUCGACAGCGAAGAUGCCGUUGGCGCGUGGGUCAAAGAGUCAGGCAAUCGCGACGAUGUUUUCCUGGCGACCAAGUUCGCUCUGCAUUACAGCACAAUGGAGCAGACAGUCCGUUCGGAUCCGGAGUAUGUCAAGGCUGCCUGUGAGAAGAGCUUGAAGAGACUUGGUGUUGAGACCAUUGAUCUUUAUUACUGCCAUCGGGUUGAUGGUGUGACGCCUAUUGAGAAGACUAUUGAGGCUAUGGUUGAGUUGAAAGACCAAGGCAAAAUCAAGUAUCUCGGACUAUCUGAAUGCUCUGCAUCGACUAUCCGCCGUGCUCAUGCCAUCCACCCUAUCGCUGCGUACCAGGUAGAAUACAGUCCCUUCGCAUUGGAUAUCGAGUCGCCAACCACUGAUAUCUUGAACACCUGCCGUGAACUUGGUAUUGCUGUCAUUGCCUAUAGUCCCGUCGGUCGCGGCAUUCUAACUGGACAAAUCCAAUCGCUUUCCGAUAUCCCCGAGAAUGACUUCCGUCGCAUGCUUCCCAAGUAUGGAGAGGAGAAUUUCCCGAAGAUUUUGGAACUAGUUCAGGGACUCAAGGCGGUUGCGAGUAAUCAUGGCAGCACUGCUGCUCAGGUGGCUAUUGCAUGGCUUCUUGCUCAAGGCUCUGAUAUUAUACCGAUUCCUGGCACCAAGUCAAUCAAGAACCUUGACGAGAAUACCCGUACUGUUGCUCUGAACUUAUCGGAGAAGGAGCUGCAGGAGAUUCGGGAGUUGAUCGACAGAACGGAGAUUCCUGGAACGCGUUAUCCUGCUAUGAUGAUGGACUGUGUUUUUGGAGACACACCGGCACUCUAGGGGAUUUCAGAGCUUCUUGUAAUUUAGGACCUUGCUUAUUCCUGAUGUACUAGUCUGAUGUCAUGUCUCCAAUUCGUGCAUACAUGUCAGAUUCAAGGCCAAUAACAAACCAGAACGAAUAGGGGCCACUCCAACCCAUUUCAACCGACAUGCCCUGUAAACAAGACCCCGAUUUCUCUUCAACAU